UCGGUUUGAACUCAGCCUUUUCUUCUUUAAUACCCAAAAGCAGGAACACUUGGAAGCUUUCCGUACUUUCGUCUGCUUCAAUGGCCACCUCCAAUGGAGUCGAUGCUUCAGCUUUAGGUACUUCUAGUGAAGAGCAUGGAAAAUCAAUUGAGCACGUUGAUGCGGCGCCUACUCCAAGCACAGAGACAAACUCUAGAGAAAUUGCGAAAAAUGCUCGGGUUGAUGCUAUGUGGGAGCAAAUGCAUAAGGGACUCUCUAAUAAGGAAAUGAAAGAUUUGUUAAAGAGGCCUUGUAAAAAAACUGUGAAAACAACUUCACAGAAGUCAGCAACUAAUUGGAAGACUUUUCUUGGCCUGUCACCAAAGGGGACAGUUUCCCCCAAGCAAGAUGUGCCAAAGAAAGAACCUAGCACCACCGACAACAGCUCUAGUGACGAUGCCAAGAGGAUUGCGGCUGCUGCUCUUGCAGCAGUUAAGGAUAAUGCAGCUUCUGCAUCAGGCAAGGGAAAAGUUGAGAUUAUGGAGGUUCGAGACUUUGCAGGUCAAGAUAUCGAAGUUAAGAAGCUUGUUGAUGCUGACUCAAAGGAGGCGUUGGAAAAGACCAAAGUUAGUGCACCUUCUGCUGUUGAUGCUGUCCUCGAGCAAAUUAAGAAGAAACAAAAACUGAGCGUGCUGGACAAGACUAAAAUGGAUUGGGGAGAGUUCAAAGAAGAAAAUAAAGGAUUGGAAGAUGAAUUGGACGCUUAUAAGAAGAGUUCUAAUCAGUAUCUGGAUAGAGUUUCAUUCUUGCAGCGAACAGAUUACAGGGAGUUCGAGCGGGAAAGAGAUGCACGAUUGGCUGUGCAAGCCAAGAGAAAGCCAGAUAUGAGGGAGGACUGAAGAGCCAUAACUGCAUGGUAUUUUGACUUCGCUCACUAUUUCCAUUUGGAAAGCUUGAUUUUCUUGAAGGCAAAUAUUAUGCAUUUUCAUGAGGUGUGUAGUUUAAGGUGUUUCCAACAGAUUAGAGGAUCCUCAGUCUAAGCGAAGAGAGGAGAGAAGAGAAGAGGCGUAAUUGUACAAACGCACAUUAUUUAUGUCCUUUAAAUUGGUUGGUCGUUUGUUCCUUGUGAACAAAGAUCAGACAUUAAUUGCUACCUCAUGAAUGAAAAUACGGUUCCAUUCACUUUUGGCGUAUAUCUUCAUAUAUAUUUUUUGUAUGGAAGGAAUCUAAUAAUACAUUACCACCCCUCUACUACUCUCUAUUA